UCUUUGUUUUAUGUAGCAUGAUGGUCCUGGAGAAACAUUGUCUUAUUUCACUAUGUACUGUGUCAGCUAUAAAUGGUUGAAAUUACAACAAAAACAUCUUGACUUAAAUUUAGUUUCUGAAUGAAAUACAGACAGAAAAACAGGGAUGAGAAUUUUCUCUCUUAAUAAUUAUAAACGCUCAUACACAUUCCAGUCAGAAUAUUUUUGAAUGCAGUAUGACACUAACAGGCAGGAAGUCUUUACCAUCAGGUCAUGUAAUGUUAAUGACAGUUUACUCACUCUUGCUCUGUUACUCAGUCACUCAGUCAGUCAGUCAGUCAGUCAGUCAGUCACUCACUCACUCGCUCUGCCUCUCACUCAGUCAGUCAGUCACUCACUCAUUAGUCAGACAGUCAGUCAGUCGGUCAGUCACACACACUUUACAUUUUUUUUAAGUUGUUGGGUGAAAUCCUAAGUAAUGUUAACAUGGACAUACAGGUAAAAUCAUACAAGUUAAAUCAUACCAUCAGAGUUUCUUCACUACCUCCAACGUCUUCAAACUUCACUGUGGAAUGCUGAAGUUCGGGAGGUUUGGUCCAAGCUUCAACGCAAACAAGUAAUUCACAUCUGAUAAAUCAGCAAAAUUCUGUGCACAUAAUCAGGGGGAGCUAGAUCAACUGCUGUCUCUGCUGAGAAACAGCGAAUCUCUGAGUGAUCGUCAUGGAUGACGUCAUGGAUGACUUCAAGGAGUCUUUGGCACGUGUCCAACCUGCCAAACGUGAAGGUUUUGCCACUGUGCCUGAUGUCACCUGGGAUGAUGUCGGUGCACUGCAAGACAUUCGGGAGGAACUCACCAAGGCCAUCGUCCAGAGCUCUGGUAUUGAGCACAGCCUCUGCCGGAGUGCUGCUCGCUGGACCUCAAGGCUGGUGGAAAGACUCUUCUUGCCAAAGCUGUUGCCAACGAGUCUGGUUUAAACUUUAUAUCUGUCAAGGGCCCCGAGCUACUGAACAUGGUGAGUUCUCACGUGCCAUACAUUCCAGUUUAAAGUCCCAUGAGUUCAAAAUCAUGCUUUUUAAAUGAAUCAUAAUGCUUUCAGAAUGCUGGUUAUUUGUUAGAAGGCAUGUACGGUCAUGCAAAAUGGUCAUUUUCUUGAUAUUGAUGUAUGUAAGUGAUUUGUAGAGAGUUAUAAGCUCAGGUAAUGUUAGAUGAGUGCUUUAACUCUCUUCAUUUGAAUAUAUUGUCUUCUGGUAAAAAAAAAAACCAACCAUCUCUGUAUUCAACUCUUACUGUCUCAGACGCUCUCGUCCAGUACAGAGCAGAGGUCACAUUUCCAGUAACCUCAUCUACCUUCUUCUGUUGUGUGAGUCUCAAACAGUGGUGGUAUGUGGGCUCUGGAAUUGCCAGUCUGCUGUAAAGAAAGCUGAUUUUAUCAUACCAAGAUGGCCUUGGUGAGUUCCUCCCGAAUUUAGCUUCCCAGUACUACUUUAUAUCCCCACAGAACACUGCUACACCAGCUGCUUUAUCCUCUGCCUAUGCUUUCUCUCACUCACCACAAAAAACGGGCAGGGGUGGUAGUUAUUGUUGUCGAGAAGAUGAUGUUUUACACCGCUCCUCUUGUCUCAUUUAACCAUCUCCUCUUUUGAAUUCCAUGCCAUUUGAGUUACCUCUCCAAUCAACCUUGUUAUCAUUGUUGUCUACUGCCCUCCUGGUCCCCUAGGAGACUUCCUGGCAGAAAUGGACACGCUUCUUAGUGCUUUCCCUUCCGAUAGCACCCCUCUGACAGUGCUUAGCGAUUUCAACCUCCCCUCUGACAAGCUUCAAUCUUCUUCCCUCCUAACUCUUCUGGACUCCUUUGCCCUGACACUCAACAUCUACAUCUCCACACACAAAGGAGGCAAUGUCCUGGACCUGGUUUUCACCCAUCCUUCCCCAGCUACAGACAUGACUGUUACCCCACUACACCUCUUCGAUCAUCACCUGCUAUCCUUCACCAUCACUCCCUACCUCAAACUAUCCUCCCUAAAACUGCCUCCUUGCUCUUACCUGCCAAAACCUCCACUCUCUCUACCGUUCCUCUGUAGCUUCUGGCACAUUAUUGUUUCUCUUCCUGAUCCUGAGUCCUUUUCCUCACUACCCUUGGACUCAGCCACAGAUGUUUUCCUCUCCUCUCUUUCCUCAACCUUGGACUUUCUCUUCCCUCUGUUCCCAAGAAAACAUCUUGUUCUGCUCCUUGGCUUUCAGAUGUGUUGCGCAACAAUUGAAGAGAGCAAUCAUCAGUCGACAAAUUGUCGAGUAGUCGUUUUUUCUCACGUGUCCUAUUGUAAGGGCCUGCAAUAUCGCGAUUUGACCGCUACGGCGCUGUAGCGCUAGAGUGUAAUGCAGCCCUAACAGAUGCGGUAGAAGAGAACUUUUAAAAGAAGCGCAAAUUAUGACGGACUGCAAGCGAAUGCGAACAAGCAAGGUGUGGGAAAGUUCUACAAAACUUCCAACCAAAAAUGCAGUUGUGUGCAAUACAUGCAAGGCAGAACUUGCGUUUCAUGGAAGCACAACGUGCAUGCUUGAGCACUUGAAAAGGAAACAUCCUGGCACAAGAGGAGGUGGUGAGAGUAUGUUGGUGAAAGUGAACGGGCAGUUCACCAGGUGUUCCAGAGAGGACAAAACGCUGCCCCCUGUGUCAUCUUUUUUGACGAGAUUGAUGCCCUUUGCCCCAGACGUUCUGCUGAUGAGUGUGCGUGUGUUGUACCAGUUGCUGACUGAGAUGGAUGGGUUGGAGACGCGUCGCCAGGUGUUCAUCAUGGCCGCCACCAACCGGCCAGAUAUCAUUAAUCCAGCAUUUCUUCGACCGGGCCGUUUCAACAAAAAAUUGUAUGUGGAUUUCCCUUCGCCAGAAGACAGACACGCCAUAUUGCUCACUAUUACCAAGGGAGCAACUAAACCUCGCCUGGACCCAGACGUAAGCUCGGAGGAAAUUGCCCGUGACGAACUUUGUGACUGUUUCACGACCGGCUCAUGUAGGAGAAACUGCGUGAAUCUCUCACUAGGGAGUAGGCGAGUGGACGGAGAGUUUUCCAUUUUUAAAAUAAACAUUUUUUGGACUUCAGGAGCUUGAAAGUGUG